CGAGAAAAAAUAUUGUUUCAAAAAAUGUCGUCCUUUCUUUUGUGGACAGUGAAUUCUUGAAUGAAAAAACAUGUUUAUUUGUCAAUAUAUUAUGUUAAUUCUGUUUAGAAAUAUAAGUUAAUAAGUUGACGAAUUAAUGCUAUAACGAUGCCGAAUAAAGAAGCCAUUCGCAGUCAGACAUCUGAGGCCAAGUUGGUGGCAAGCCCGGUUCAUCAGGUAGCUAAUCCAAAGGCUGCUGGGGUGACUCCGAAAGUGACUGUGGCCAAGGUAGUGGUCAAAGAAGCUAUGUCACCAACAACCCCAACACAGAACUCCGAACCAGAACGCACGGAACUACUGGGGUCGCUGACGACGCAACAGCAGCAACGCACCAGCGCCAGGGUCAUAAAAAAACUGCGAUUGGAGCCCCUAGUCGACAAGGACAAGAGAGGAAAAAGGCCUGAUGGGACUGAUGAUAUACCAGAAUGUGAGACGCCAAUUAAAAUAGACGAAAAGGAACCGUUAAAAUUCCCCACUGUGAAGCAACGUAUGCCCAAAGCUUUAUGGUCAACAGAUGAAAAGAGCCUGUUCUUUGAAGCCCUCAACGAGUAUGGGAAAGACUUUGACGCGAUCACAGCCUAUAUUUGUGCUAAAAUGAAGAAGAAAGGAAUGACUGAUGCUAACAACUUGAAGACUAAGACGCAAGUCAGCCAUUUUUACUACAGAACGUGGCAUAAGCUAUCGAAACACGUGCAGUUUGAUGAGAACGUAAAGAAAGUAGCGCAAGAGUUGUACGCGUUGAUAAACUACGGUGAACUCCGGAAGAAGUUGGUGUCGGUGAAUGAGAAGACUUGCGCGCGACUCGGCGAGAUGGUGCUCGGGGGGAGCAUGGUGGUGCGCGCGCGCGGCAGGAACCUGAGGGUGCGCACGCCCAUGUGUCGAGCGCUCAGGAAGCUCAACCAGAUAACAGAGCGGUCGUGCGGGCUGCGCGUGUGGUCGCGCGCGCAGGUGGUGCUGCGCGCGCGGCACGCGGCGGCGUGGGCGCGCGUGCAGGCGGCCGCGCACAACCCGCGCGCCGCGCUGUCGGCGCCGCUGCGCACGCCGCUGCGGGCGCUCGUGCGCGCGCUGCAGCUGCGCUGGGCCGGCACCCGCAAAUACAGAGUGGAAAAAAUACUAGAACCGACAACAGAUGAAGUUAAGGAAAAUGAGGACAUCGUCCCAGAGUUGUCAACCAGGCCUGCUUGUCUCGCAGAAGAUGAUGAACUGGAUAAUCAUUUAGGAUUGGAAACCGAUAGGCUGAUCGUGCAAGAACUAAAGCUGCCAAAGAAACCAGUGUUGCACGUGGGACCUCGGUUGAACGCAGAUAUACACAUACCUGCGAUAAGUCCAAGUGAGCAACUGUCCAGUCAGAAGAUAUGCUUCUCAUCUUAUCUGGAGAGAAUGUGCUCGCAACGCCGGGAUAAGAAUAGUGGAGCAAAAAUCAGGACGCCGAAACGGCAACGAAAAGACAGCACAUCAGAAACUAAAGAAACGGAACCCAAAAAGUUUAAGCUUGAAGAUGACCCGGUGAAACUUAUAAAUAUAGAUGAAACUGCAAUAGAUGGCAUUGAACUGAUGGCCCAUUACAAACAUAACCAAGACGAUGAAGAGAAACCCAGCACAGAAGAUGAGAAAGACCUGAAAUCAGAAGAAACAGCAGAAGAAGAAGUAGAAACAGAAAGAGACAAAGAUAUUGAAACUGAUAAAGAGAUGUCAGAGAGAGAUAAAGAUAUGUUAGAAAGAGAGAAGGAUUUAUCAGAAAAAGAGAAGGACAGCUUGUCGGAAAUGGAAGAUGAUGAGAAAUAUAACAAAAGUGAAAGUGACAAUGAGAGUGACCACGGGAAAGAGAAGGCAAAGGAGAGGAAGUUCAAAAAUCUCAAGGUAAAAUUCCGCAUACGACCCAAGAAACGUGGAGGUAUGUACGCCGUAGUGAUAGAGAAGGAGCAAGAGGAAGGGCUGAGCAAAGAGGAACCUUCGAAGGAAGAGGAAGCCAAGCCUGAGAUAGACGUCGACUUGGCGAUCAGACAAGUGAGGAAGGGCUGGAGUAUGUAUGAUGCUGGGGAUCUGACGAUAGGAGACCUGUAUCUUAUGUUCGGAUCCCGUUCAAAGCUCGAGCUAGACUACUGGUGGGCAGAGCCAACCCCGCCACUGCCGCGCAAUAAUAACACUAUACCUGACUCACUCGCACCCACGUGUGACAAGGAAAAGAAAGAGAAAGCUGAAAAGAUGCCAGACAAAGACAGCGCUAUAGAGGACAGCGAGCGAGCGAGAGAGAGCGAUACAGAUAUAUUCUCGCCCAAGAACACAUACAGUCAGGAUAGCAAUGAUGCAUUGUCCGGCGAUGAAAGGAAAAGCGAACAAACAGCGUCUCCGGAUCACAAGUCAUCAUCAGCUAACGCCACUUUCAAGCUGGUCAGCAAACUCAUCAACCGACCUGCGCCGCCGGCCCAGACCAACAACACAAACAACGGUUUCUCGCAGCUUAGUGAUCGGUUGAAACGUCUACUGGCGUUGGUGGGUAACACUCACGUCGCAGCCGGCUCGGGGCCGAUAGCGCGAUGUACGUGCGGACACGUGUGCCCACAACAGAGAAGACAGGUUCAGAAGCAAAUAUGCGCACCGCAAUGUACGUCCCAAAUGCCGCCGAAAGCUGAAGAUAAUUCAACAGUGUUCCGACAUCCAACGCCUAUUGCUCCGAGACCUGACAACGAAGCCCAAAAGUCGUUAAACUUAUUAGAAGGGUUGCCGCGCUGGCGCCGCGGCCGCCCGCGCGGUCGUCCACGGGACACGACCGACCGACGAGUGGUCGUCCAGCGACUGCUGCCCUUACUGCCCAAACUGCCGCCCCCCAGCAAUUUGAUACCAGUCAAAAUUGUGCCAAAUUCGCCGCCACCAUUGCCGAGAAUUUUGCCGAAACCACCAGUUACGUCGACUUCAGACUUAUCCUUCUUCUACGUGCUGAGCGAGUCGAACGGACAAUUUUUCUUCCACGACGGCGAUAGACGGAUACCGAUAACACCGUUGCCUACCAACAAGGCUGGCGACAAACAUACAGAAGAUACAGACAAUGAAACUAUCAAGGAGGAGAUGAAAGAAGACGCAAAGCCGGAGACGUCAAGCGAGGCGUCUUUCACGCUGAAAGACGCCGAAGACUCUACUUCGGCCGUACACAAGACUGAAAACGAUAACCCAGAUAUAGCCAACUUCCUCCCCUCGGAGUCGAUGUCUUUGUCCCCCUCGCGGCUGCUACGCGACUCAGACGGCUGGCUGGAGGGCUCCGUGCAGGACUUCUCGCUCAGCAGCUUCCUCGGACACCUGGAGGGGCGCCCGCAGCCCGACUUAGCGGUGGAAUCCCAGCUUCAAUCUUUGAUGGCAGAAUCAAGUGUGGACUAUGUGGCAAAGUUUGCCGACCUGGCCGCCGAGGUCACCGACGACCACCCACUGCCUGCAGAUGAAUUACUUUAAGCUAUUUCUAAGAGAAAAUAAAUCUAUAAUCGCAAUUA